ACUAGCGUAAUGAAUUAUCCAAUAACUGAAGGAAAAACUGGUCAACAGAUGGCAGAUCAUCUCCAAAAACAUCUUGAAGAUCUUGGAGCCGAAAAGUCUGGAAACUUUUCAGUAGAUUGUGAUACAUAUCAAUAUGUUACAAAUCCAAAUAAAGCUGUGCAUGUACUGCACAACAGUGAGACACCGUACUCUUGUUACUCAUUCAUUGACAGCCCAUCUGGUGUGCAUGUGGUUACGGAUGCUUCCUUCGAUUUGUUAAUUCAAAAAAUGAAACAAUUCUACAUAAAGAAACAGCCAAAAAUUGAAUCAAAAGGAGCCAUCCUCACACUUUGUGAUUUCAGUAUUAAAAUUGGUUCCGUUGUUUUUGGCCAAAUGACGACAUUCAAAGGUCUUCUUAUCGAAAUAGAGUACAAGCCCUGCAACAUACCAAAGGAAGUCUAUUCACUGUUAAAGGAAUUUUGCCACCAUGUUUUCGGAUCCGAAAUCAACUUUGAUGAAACUAAUCAGUAUUUUAAGAGUAACUCAGAGGUUUCUCAAACAUCAACGGACGUCAUCUGUCAGUAUCUUGAUUAUUUUCUUUUCUUCAAAAUGUCGUCCCUAUCGCUGACUCAACCAAUGACGGGUCAGGCCAAUAAAAAUUGA